GAAUGCAUCCAAAGCAUUAAUUUCAGGAAUUUACAAGAGUGAGUGAAGUCUUCUCCCGACUUUAACGACACAAACAGAUCCCUUCUCUCAACAAGAUUUAACUGCCCAUAAGAUAAUAGCCCCACUUACAUUCCUCACUAAUCGUUAUUUCACAUUGCGACACACAUACUAAGCAAAAGAGAUUGUGCACCAAGUGAAAUAUGAGUCUGGCAUGUUUGGUAUGCCAUAGUGUUGAAAGCCCAUCACAUUCCUUCAGAAGUUACUCUGUUUCAAGUUCCGACAACGAUGGGAGAUGUUCUGCGAUUGCCAAUUGCUUGAUCAAGAAGAUAUCGCUUAGCCACCCUAAUGCAAAUGGUGGCAUCACAACAUCUAAAGUGACCCCUCAGCCAACUGAUCAGAGUAAUGGCAUGACAGGUCCCCCACGGCUCGUUAGGAGCCGUGCUGUGAGGAGGGAUAUAGUGAGAGACUGGAACUUUGAUGAGGUUGCAUUGGAGCGCUAGUCCAGUAUGGGAAAGAGCAGUAUGUAGGCGCAGAGACAAUAUGCUUGUUUUUAGUGUUAAAUCAGAUAGAAUUUUGAACUCAGUACUUUGAAUCUAGUUUUGGGUGUAAUUGGUGUUGCAGCAAAUGCAACACUAUGAAGGAUUUUUGAUAUAAUUCAUCUGUUGAUAUUCCCUUCCCUUCUCUCUAUUUUCAACUCCUGUUCUGGUUUUCUA